AUGGCUGCAGGAAUAAUUGCUGUUUCUCUGUUGGCAGUAUUGCUUCAAUUCUCACAAACUGACGCUCAGGCGUGCAAGGAAGGUUGGGAACACUUCAAUGGCAAUUGUUAUGGCUAUGGAGACACACCUGUGUCCUGGACGGAGGCUGCGACGAUAUGUUCUGUAAUUGGCGCUACUCUUGCGGAAGUGGAUUCUGAAGAGGAGAAUGAAUUCUUGGUGGGCUUGUUCGACAACGUAACAUCUUCCACCAGGGUAUGGCUGGGAGGAACCGACAUUCUGAAUGAGGGAAACUGGGUGUGGGUCUCCAACAGACGCCACAUUUUCCCCUUCCAAAACUGGCACUCCAAUCAGCCCAGCGACUCCAACUCGGCAGGAGAGGACUGUCUGACCAUGUACUCGUCAUACAAAUUUCAAUGGGACGAUGCACAGUGUGAUAAAGUAAACACUUUUAUUUGCGAGAAGAAGUCUGAAGAGGACUCUGGUGUGAUUGUUGGCUGA